CUUAAAUCAUUGCCGCUAGUGGUUGACAUGAAAAUAGAUGAAAACGAUGGAAUAGUGGUAAUUAAAGGCGAAAGAAAGCUCGCAUUCGAAGCGCAAUCUAAUGUUAGAGAAAUGUUGAUGCGAUUUGAAAAGAAUCGAUGCGAACUUGAACAAUCUCAAGAACUCGCGAAAAAGAUAGAAUGGCAGUAUGAAGAAGAGGAUAACACCGAAGCGAAAUACAAGUUCUAUGGGAAUUUACAAAGUUUCAAAAUGGAGAUGGCGUAUCUAAGAAAUGAAAGAUUUGUCAGUUUCAUGGACAAUGAUGUCGAAUAUGAGAUCGACUUCAAUGACAUGGUUGAAUACGCAAAACAUGACAAAGCAGAUCUUGUUCGUGUGGUUCGCAAGGAAAUUAUGAAAGGACAACAGGUGCCCUUGCCGACUGACUGGAAGCCUAUGAAAGACGGUGUCAAUAUUAAGCUUGUAGAGCUCAAGCCCGAUGAAAAACAAUUCAAAGACAUUGAAACUCGCUUCAUGUUUGAGGUGAAGAACGGUCAAUAUGCCAAUAGUCCAGGACACAGAUACGAUAAAAAAUCCAUUAAAGUUGUCAAGAUUGAACGCAUACAAAACAAGGCUUUGUAUCAGCGAUACCAAGCAAAGAAAAGCUUUCUGAUUGAGCAAAAGCCAAACCUUCCACCGAAUAUGCCGUUAGAAAGAGAGCUCUGGCAUGGAACUAAUGAGACUGCCAUGGAUAUGAUUAUCUGUCAUGGGUUUAACCGAAGUUAUGCUGGUGAUAAUGCCGGUAAACCGUGGUUCGGACAGGGCGUUUACUUUGCCAGUGAUGCCUCGUAUUCGGCUAGAUCUUGGAUGACCGGUGCAGGAAUAGGGAAAAAAGGUUAUGUGUUUUUGGUCAAAGCUUUAACGGGUCACUUGUGCCCAGGGAAGCAAGGCUUGCGGGUUCUUCAACCAGUAGAUAAGGCAAAGGAUCCGCUAGUUAUGUACGACUGCGCAGUCGACAAGCUGGCUAACCCUAUGGAGUUCGUGAUAUUUUCCGACACGCAGGCCUACCCAGCGUACCUUCUCACAUUUUCAAGUGGAUAAUCAUCGGAUGUUGUUUCAGUAACCAUAGUCAAUAAAUUGGAAACAACUUAUUGAAUGUAAUACUAGUGUUGCACAUGUUUUAUUUCAUUGUGUUUUGGACUUGAAACACUGUAGACGUGAUUCUUAAUGUCUGAUUUAUAAGUUGAUGUAAAAUUGUUCCGAAUGUGUACUCUAUGUACAGACCCAUUUAAAAUUAUAUUCAAUUAAAUAACUUGUUUACUCAUUUUAAUACUUUUGAAUGAGCAUGCUGUGAUUUUUUAAUCGGAAUAAGUUUACUAGUUUAUUCAAAUUUAAAAAAACCCAUAUUUAUAUAAAGAUUUUCGUAUAGUAUUGGUCGCCUAAAAAUGCUGAUAACGGUUAUAAAUCACAUGUAUUGUAGGUCAUUUAUGAAUUUGUAUUGUCUGUGAGUUAUCAGUUUAUGGACAAUUGUUUCGAAUUUGUACUUUAGGUUCAGACCUUUAAAACGUUAUUCAAUUUAAUAACAUGCUUACACAUUUUUAUACUUUUGAAUGAUUGCGCUGUGAUGUUAAUCAGAAUAAGUUUAUUAGUAUAUUCAAAAGUAAAAACAUGUUUUCGUAAAGUGUUGGUCGCCCAAAAAAGCUGAUAACGGUUGUUAGACACAUGCAGUGUAAGUGAUUCAUGAGUAUGUAAUGUAUGUGCAUUUUCUCUACCAUAACGUUACUCUUAUAGUAUGUAUAUUUUUAAAGUGCUUGUAAUUAACCGAUGUUUAAAUCAUAAUGCAUUAUAUAACAAUGAUAUGUUUUGUUAAUGUUGCAAUGUAUUUGUAUAAAUAAUAUGUUCUGUUGUUAUCUGAAGAUUACAAGCUUGAAAAUCA